UUUUUUUUUUUUUUAAUGCGUGCACAUUGCUUGUCUCACAAGCCGUGCAGGCUCUGCCAUCUAGAGCACUUCGUGAGAUCACUUCGGUUUGCUGUUUUUCCUUUUUCCAUCUCUGUGUGACUGUGUGUGUGUGUAUCGCCCUGUCUCUCUUCUCCCCGCCACGAUACAACUCAACCCCCCUUGCCAACACACACAUACACAGAAGCUGGGCUUGCUAGUAUGAACUUGAAGACUUGCAGUACAAAAUACAUGUGUUGCCUUGGGAUGCACUAGGAUCAGAAUGCCAGAAAAGCCUGCAGGCUGCUUAGUCCUCCAGGACUGGGUUUUUUAAACCAAACAAGAAAAGGACGAGUUCACUUUUUCCCUUCUUUCUUGUUUUUUUUUUUGUUUUGUUUUUUGUUCUUUUUUUUUUGUUUUUUGUUUUUUUGUGCUUUGGAUAUUACUGAAAAAGGAGUCUCAGGGAUCCACACACUUGGACUUUACUGAAUCAAGCUGGAUCUGACAAACAAUCUAGUCUGCAUUUUGGUUUGCAGGGAUCAACUGGGAUUUUUCUGAUUAUAUCUUCUUUUGAACAAAGGAUGCAUGGCAUGGAAAGAAGGUCUAAGUGUCUGCCUGAGACUGUUUUAACAAACCUGGGAUAAAUGUUACUUCUCAAAGGUACUGUUGCGUGAUUUACCAUGGAAAAAUUGCUCUGCAGCAUCCUGGUGUUUGGAAUGGCUGUCAUGGUCAACGCUUGUCCCAAAUACUGCGUUUGUCAGAACCUGUCUGAGUCUCUGGGGACUUUGUGUCCCUCCAAGGGUCUCCUAUUUGUACCGCUAGACAUAGAUCGAAGGACUGUUGAACUCCGACUUGGGGGCAACUUUAUUAUUAAUAUCAGCCGACAGGAUUUUGCCAAUAUGUCUGGACUUGUAGACCUUACUUUGUCCAGAAACACCAUCAGCUACAUUCAGCCCUACUCUUUCACUGACUUGGAGAGCCUUCGAUCUUUACAUUUGGACAGCAACAGGCUACCUGACAUUGGGGAGGAUAUUUUGAGAGGCUUAAUUAACCUUCAGCAUUUGAUUUUAAACAACAACCAGCUAAGCAGCAUCUCUGAUGAAGCCUUUGAGGAUUUUUUGCUGACAUUGGAAGACUUAGACCUUUCCUACAAUAACCUACGAAGCAUUCCUUGGGAAUCUAUAAGGAAGAUGAUAAACUUACACCAGCUCAGUUUGGAUCAUAACCUGAUAGAUUAUAUUACAGAAGGGACAUUUGCAGAUCUUCAGAAAUUGGCCAGAUUGGACCUAACAUCCAACAGACUUCAGAAGCUCCCCCCUGAUCCCAUAUUUGCCAGAUCUCAAGUAAUUCCAUUUGAUGUUACUCCAUUUUCUCCACCUUUGUCUCUCAGCUUUGGAGGCAACCCACUGCAUUGCAACUGUGAGUUACUGUGGUUAAGGCGACUUGACCGGGAUGAUGAUAUGGAAACUUGUGCUUCUCCUCCAGGUCUUAAAGGAAGAUAUUUCUGGUAUGUACGGGAGGAAGAAUUUAUUUGUGAGCCUCCACUUAUUACACAACAUACCCAUAAGUUGCUGGUUUUAGAAGGGCAAACUGCCACAUUGAAAUGCAAAGCCAUCGGGGAUCCCACACCCAUCAUUCAUUGGGUGGCCCCUGAUGACCGUCUUAUUGGGAACUCUUCAAGGACAGCUGUCUAUGACAAUGGCACCUUAGAUAUCCUCAUCACAACCUCCAAGGAUUAUGGGACUUUCACAUGCAUAGCAGCCAAUGCUGCUGGAGAGUCCACUGCAACAAUUGAGCUCUCAAUUGUUCAGCUACCCCACCUCAGCAAUGGCACAGGCCGAGCAGCCCCACCAAAAUCCAGGCUCUCAGAUAUCACAAGCUCCAGCAAGUCUAAUCGUGGAGAAGCAAAAGGCCCACCAGAAAGGGCUGUCCUGGUGUCAGAGGUCACUACUACCUCAGCUUUGGUCAAAUGGACAGUGAGCAAGUCAGCCCCUCGUGUAAAAAUGUAUCAGCUGCAGUAUAAUUGCUCGGAUGAUGAAGUCUUGAUCUACAGGAUGAUUCCAGCUACAAACAAAGCCUUUGUUGUAAACAAUCUUGUUUCUGGAACAGGCUAUGACCUCUGUGUCCUGGCAAUGUGGGAUGACACAGCCACAACCCUUACUGCUACCAAUAUUGUGGGAUGUGCCCAGUUCUUCACCAAAGAAGACUACCCUCAAUGCCAGUCAAUGCACAGUCAUUUCCUAGGUGGGACUAUGAUUCUGAUCAUCGGAGGCAUCAUUGUGGCAACUCUGUUGGUAUUUAUUGUAAUACUCAUGGUUCGCUAUAAGGUCUGCAACAAUUCGCAGGGGAAGAUGUCCAAUGUCAGCAAUGUCUACUCACAGACAAAUGGAGCACAACCAGUUCAGAAUGGAGUCUUGCCCCAAGUCAACCCAAAAGUGGUGGUGAGAAAUGAACUUAUGGAGUUUAACUGCCAGUCUGCACGGAGCAGCAUCUCUUCUUCCUCCAGCUCUGCAAAUAGCCGUGACUGUGAUGACUAUAGCCUCCAAAGUGAGCAGGGCACGUUGUCCAGUAAGUGGAGGCCUCCUUCCAGGUCAAAACACAAUAUUGACCGGCUAAUGGGAGCUUUUGCCUCCCUGGAACUGAAAUGUCAGAAAAAGGAGGAGAUGACAGACUCCAGAACUUCUACAGUGGCCCACCACUCGGACAAAGAGCCACUGCUGGGCCAACCGGAGUCCAAGUUUCGCAGCCUCCUCACAUUGCCUCUGGAGGGCAAAACUAAACGUAGCCAUUCUUUUGACAUGGGGGACUUCGCCACAUCACAGUGUUGCACCUACCCAAAAAAGAUAACAAACAUUUGGACAAAGAGGAGCCUCUCGGUGAACGGCAUGCUUUUGCAGUAUGAUGACAAUGACCUAACAGGGGCAAAAGGAACUUUCGGGAGCUCAGAAUGGGUGAUGGAAAGCACAGUGUAAAUACCAAUAUCUCCCUGUUCCUCUUCUCACCUUGUGUUAUAAAGCAUGGUUUGCUGCAGGGCCAUGCAUUUGGAAAGAGAGAGGAGGAAACAUUUUCAGUUGUACUGGCCAAAAAGAUAGGUAAACCAAUAAGAAACAGGGACAUGAAAAGGGAAAGAACAGUGUGAAAUGUGUAUAGGCACGUAUGGCACCAUUCUUGUCUGGCCCCAGCUAAACCAUGUGUGAAUGUUUCAAGGAAUUUCCUAGUUGUAUUUAGCAUUGCUUUCCAAAAGUUACCCAAACUCUUGGUGAACCAUCACUCAAGAUGAAACAAGUAGGAUGAAAAGGGGUUUAACAGCACAAAUUUAAUUUUACAGGGUUUCUUUUUUUUCUUUUUUUUCCUCAAGGGCACCUCUCUUUUUUUUUUUUUUGUUUUUGUUUCUUUUUAACCACAGAAAUACACUUUUGUGGAUAUAAGACUGGUGCUAGGACGUAUCUAGUUGUCAUUGCAAGCGACUUUCUCAAAAGUGCAGGCAAAGCACCCACAGGGAGAGAUCAGAGCAAAUUGUUCAACACCAUCUCAUGGUGUUACCUGUGUCAUCUGGGAAAAAAAUACUUGUCUCUGAGUGAGUUUUUGGUUGGGAUUUAAUGAUUUCUGUUCUGUUUUGCCUUGUUACCGCUUUUGAGUAGUUUUUUCUCCACAGGAGAAAGUAUGUUGCCAUGCAUUUCCUGUUUUUGUUUUCAGUCUCAUCAAUUCCCACAGAUGAGAAAGAGGAUAUGUACAAAGGUCAAACACCUCCAAUGCCAUCCUUUUCUGUCCUAGGAAAAAGUAAAUCUAGGGGUUAAUAAACUAAAAAAGAAAAAAAUCAUCCUCUUUCUUCCAUCUUCUUCAUAGUCUCUUCUUGUCAAUGCUUAAGGCAGAUCGCAGCAGCUGUUGAUAUCUGUAGUGGUGUUGCUAUCAAAGAUGGGAAAAUUAGCAAUCAAGAGUUCCUAUUAAACGAUAAAGAGAGUGAAAACUAAAGUACCUUCCAUGAACUCCUCAUUAUGAAUACCAAUGGCUUCUGGCAAAUGUCGCACUAUGACUCUGUUCAACUGACAAAGAAAACAGAUUUUGACCCUAAUGUGACAAAAGAUCUUUAUCUGCUCAGUUGCCAGGACAUAGUUUGACUGCACCAGUAGCAUCACAGGAAAUGUAAGGGGGUUUUGUGUUUUUUAGGUGAUUGGAUAUGUUCACAAUUAGCCAUGGAAAUUGAAUUAGAUGUCUUAAGGCAGGGGGGUCUCAUGUGUCCCCUGCAUUACUGAUUGCCCUUCCCCAUUCCAGAGUGUACUGCCCCCGUCUCACACCUUCACUAAGAUACUUACUAAGAGUAGGAGAACUUUAAGGCUUGUAAACUGAUUGUCAGAUUUGGUUUUGGGGAGCAUUGCAAUGGUUGUGGAAACGCACAUGGCCUACUCAUCUGACUUCAUUGUCCUCAAGGACUUUACUGUGAUUUCCAGCAUUCUGGUGGCUACUGCAACUGUCUUUCAUAUGUUUAUUUAUUUGUUGGCUCCCAAUGACCGGCUGCUGCGAACCUUUCUGAAAUUGCACAUUAUUACUAUGAUUUUGUAAAAGACAUAGGGAAAAAGAGUGCAAGGCACAGAGAAAAUAACACAUGAAUAAACUCUAUGUAUAUUUUUUUUAAAGGUGCAGAGAUAUAUUGUGACAUGGCUGUGUACUUGAUCUUGUAUUUGUCACGUUUCCUACUUGGAGUUUUAGAAAAUGACACCCCUGUAAUCAAAAUAUUUUUCCUUGAUUUUCUUUUUUUUUUUUUUGCUACAAAAUGUACAGUAAAAAAACAUUCUUGGGGAAAAGAAAAAUACUUGUUUUUCAUUUAUUUGCUGUUCUGUGGUCUGCUUUGAAAUCUAAGUAAGGAGCAGUAAUUAUUUCUUAAAUUGUCUUGAAAAAAUUAGGUGUUUGCCUUCUAUUUCCCUCAAAAUAUCUUUGAAUUCAGGAUUUUAGAUACAAAGUGGGAAUCUGGAAAUACAUAUCUUUCUGCAAUGAAUAAGAAAAGAUCCUGUAAAAAGGCAUUUCAUCUCUUUUUUUUUUUUGUGGUUACGUUUAUAUAGAUCUAUAUCACCAUUGUAUUUUAAACCCCCAUCGAAAAUCUACAGAAAUUACAGAAAUUCUUUUUAGGCUUAGAAAGGUUUUGUUCAAGUUAUUGCUCACUGCUGAGGUUAAUAUAUUUGAAAGAGAUCCAGUCAAACUUUAUUUGCAACACCUUUCAAAGUCUCUGGUUUUCUAAUGCUUUCCAAGAGGAAUGACACCUUCAGUGCCAGAAUCUACACCACUCAGCUGUCCAGAUGGUACCUUCAUAUUAAGCAUUAAUGACAUUUACAUUAUGUUACACUGAAGGCUCUUAAAAAUGUUAAUGUGAUUCUUUUGUUUUCCUUUUAAUAUUGUGACAUGGUUGGAUGUUUUUCUUAUGUUACUCCUUCACUUUGACUCUGAUACCUGGGUUGGUUUGGAUUUAGCUAUUGAAUUCAUCGUCAGUAUUAGUAGCAAGAAUUUUCAAAAACAGUAUCCUCUACUAUUUUAUUUAAAAGAAAAACAUCCGUUUUACUUUCUCCUACAAGAUUAGAGGGACCAAGCCAACAGAUGCUGUUUUAAAAUAAUGAACAACUAUUAAAGAAUCCAGGUAAUGAAGUCCACAAUCUAACAGGUGCAUUCAUUACUGUUAAUCAUGAUUUUAACUCAUUUAGCUUUAAUGAAUGAGGCUCAAUCCACAUCAGCAAUUUUGCAAAUAGUAAGCAAAAUUAAACAAGUGCUCAGCAAUUAUGUUUGGUGCUCAGAGCAUGUGGGAAGAAGAGGACUCGGGGACUUGAAGGUGAGGCAGGGAGCCCUUUGGCAAGUCAGCAAGUAGCCAGUCCUGAGAGAAGGAUGGAGCCAGCCUGGCAUAGUGGUGCCAACGCCUGGGCACCUGCUGGGUUGUUUUCAUCCUUACAGUGCCACCAGUCAGUGCCCUGCUUACACAGCUGGCCAAACAGACUUCUGAAAUUAUCCUCUGGCUUCCCCUUAAACAAUUUGAGAGCUGCUGAAAACAGGUCUGUGUUUUGGGUUACACUCUGAAUCAAUACCCUAAUUACCGAUACACAAGUAUGACUCCAGGGUCCUUCCACACACAAUCUGACCAAACCGUAGCUUGCCUUUGCUUUGCCUCCAUUUUACUACGUGCGUCUCACUCAGCAUCUCUGGAUUUCAUUUUUUUUCUGUAGUGCUGCUGUGUGGAAGAGAUUCUUCCUUCGUUCACUUCUGAGAAAAUCUGCACAGCAGUGGCUGAUGAAAUGAUAUAUAGAUAUCCACUUACUUGGGUGCAAUAAAUAUUUUCAUACAUCAUUGAGGAGCUGAGCUAGCUCAAAUGGCCUCGUCCUCUGGUCUCACAAACUGACACUGAGAUAUGUAUACAGGCCUCUCACAGUCUGUCUCACAAAUUAACAUGUGGUAGUGUGACAUGCAGCUGCACCAACUGUGCUUUAAGUGCAAGUGUCAGCUAGAGCAGACAGGGAGGAGAAUAACAGAGAAAAACAAGAACCUUCUGAAAGAGAAGCCUGGGAAUUAAAGAGUGCUACAGAAUUUAAAGUGAAGUUUGUGGGAAUAAUUAAAGACAACUGCAUAUGU